GAGCGUUAAUUUCAUGUGUGAGCCUCACAAACGUCGUGCUAGUUCUAUUAUUCUUUUGCAGUUCAACUCGAUCGGGUAUAUAUAAAGAGGUUCCCUAGCUAGCUUUCUUUGCUUCAGAGCUAACCUAGCUUCUUUCUCUGCAUCCAUACUCAUCUUCCCCGCCUAAACUUGCUUGCUUGUUUCUGGCUUAACUAGCUAUGGGAAACAAGGCGACCAUGAACAAUGAAAGCCUGUUGUUCUUCUCUGCUCUGUUUAUUGUACUUGUAGGCUGCUGCAGCUUCUCAUCUUGUGCAGCAGACGCGGAUCAUGAGCUGCGACGGCUGCAUCACGCCUCCACGAAAGCCGACGGAUCUCUGAGCUUCUUGGUUCUUGGAGACUGGGGAAGAAGAGGAGAUUACAAUCAAUCCCGAGUUGCUGUUCAGAUGGGAAUAGUUGGAGAGAAUUUGGAUAUCGAUUUUGUAAUAUCCACUGGCGAUAACUUUUACGAUAAUGGAUUGACGGGCAUCGACGAUCGGGCUUUUGAAGAGUCAUUUUCCAAAAUCUACACAGCUCCUAGCUUGCAAAAGCAAUGGUAUAAUGUUUUGGGUAACCACGAUUAUAGAGGUAAUGUUGAAGCACAAUUGAGUCCUGUGCUGAAUGGAUUGGACAGCAAAUGGCUUUGCAUGAGAUCCUUCAUAGUUGAUGCAGACUUUGUAGAGUUUUUCUUUGUGGACACAACACCAUUUGCAGACAAAUACUUCACUGACCCAGAGGAUCAUGUUUACGACUGGAGUGGCGUAUUACCCAGAAAUGAGUACCUCUCAAAUAUUCUCAAGAAUGUGGAUUCAGCUCUGAAAGAAUCGAAUGCGAAGUGGAAGAUCGUGGUUGGUCACCAUGGAAUCAGAAGCGCAGGAGAACAUGGUGACACUCAAGAGCUUGUAUCCCAACUUCUUCCAAUUCUUGAGGCCAACAAUGUUGAUCUUUACAUCAAUGGGCACGACCAUUGCUUACAACACAUUAGUACUCCCAACAGCCCGAUUCAGUUUCUAACGAGUGGAGGUGGAUCGAAGGCAUGGAGGGGCGUCGUAAUGCCGUAUGAUCAAAGUGAAAUAAAGCUGUAUCACGACGGACAGGGUUUCAUGUCAGUGCAAAUCACUCCAAGCCAAGUAGAUAUUGCAUUCUAUGAUGUAUUUGGUAAUGUGUUGCACAAAUGGGGCGCAUCAAAGAACCUUUAUUCUACUUCCAUGUAUCUGUAGAGAUGGAGCUCAUGGGGCAAGUGAGCAUGGUAUCUAAGUCAAGGGAUUGGAGGCCCCAAUGGCAUCGAUUUCCAUCCUGGAAAGUUUAAUAUUUAUUUUUAAGGGGCCAAGCCAGCUAGACAUUGUAGUUUCUAAUUCCAUUUCCAUAUAUAAUCUGCCCUAUGUUGCUGGCCAAUGCAAAUAUUCUCUUGGUUCAUAUAUUAUGGUAUGAAUAAACCACAUACGUACCAAUCUGUUAUGUAUGAUCGGAUGACGAGAUUCAAUCGACCAUCAACAGACAAAAAUGUAGGUUGGGAAUAAUUAAGAUGAUUUAUAUAUAGUCUAU